AGACCCUCAUCAUCCCAUGUCACUACGAUGCAGCGUAUAGAUAUAAGAAGAAGAUCUUUUAUGGUGAUUAUGGUGAUUAUGGUUAUUAUAGGGAUCAUAGGCGUGUUAUUGUGGACAGUGGACAUUUGUCUCAAUCAGACAGAGUUACAAUGUCAGAUGACCCAGAACAAACUGUCCUCACUGUCACAAUGAGGAAUGUGACGGAGAGUGAUCAAAGCUGGUACGGAUUUAAUAUUGAAGGAAGCUGGCAGUAUGAAUACAAGGAUGUCUACAUAUCAGUCAAAGAUUCUCCAGCACUCUAUGUUCCUAGUCAAGUUGAGACCGGAUAUGUGGAUGGGAGCGUCACUAUAAAUUGCUACCACAGUAACUAUGGAGAGAAGAAAUGGUGUCGGAUUGAUGGCGUCUGUGCCGAUAGGAGUUCUGGAAUAGAUGGAAUGCGUGUGGACAUGAGUACUGAUGCAUAUAACAGCGUGUUUAAGGUGAUUAUGACACGUCUACAACUGAAGCAUACUGGCUGGUACUACUGCUCUGUGGGAGACCUACAGAUGCCUGUGCACAUCACUGUCCAACAGAAGACAACUACCCAGAGAACAAUAACACAGCAGACUGCAAUCAACACAACCACCACCAGGGCAACCAGCACAGUUGAUGAUUUGUCUUCCACAUCAAUCACAAAUGAGACCCAUACUCAAAAUGGGUUCAGCCUGACUCUACCGCUGCGACUGUUGUGGCUGUUGAUGCUGGUGGUCAUCUAUGGAGCACUGACUCUCAUCAUCAGGCGGAAAAAAAGGAGACGUGCUGCAGGCCCUGGUGAAGCUGAUUGUGAGAGGAAGAGUUCAGCGGCUUUGAUGACGACCGACCUGUCGGAUACACGAGUUUCUACUGGGUCGAAGAGACCUGCACGGUUGUUUGCGGCGUUCGUGCAUGGGCCUGUGGAGUGGCCUAUUCAGUCGGAGCUAUCCUGGGCUGACGGUCGCGGAGGACGAGGGAGGCGAGGCUUCAGCGCUCCGUUGGGGCUGGAUACGGAUGCAGCGCUGGAGAGGCACACGGAGGACGAAUCUGCCUUCAUGUCAACAACUGCUGGCAUCAGCAGCAUCUCCUCAGUGAGCAAAGUAUCAGUGGGAAAAGGACAGACCCUCAUCAUCCCAUAUUACUACGGUGCAGCAUAUAGAAAUUAUAACAUAGUAUUUUAUGGUUAUUAUCAUUUACGCAUGACAAAGAGUGAUGCACGCUGGUACCGAUGUGAGAUCAAAGACAACUGGCAGAAUAAAUACAAGGAUGUCGACAUAUCAGUCGAAGAUUCUCCAGCACUCUAUGUUCAUAGUCAAGAUGAGACCGGAUAUGAGGAUGGGAGCGUCACAAUAAAUUGCUACUACAAGACCAAUGGAUGGAAGAAAUGGUGUCGGAUUGAUGGCAUCUGUGCCGAUUGGAGUUAUAGAUAUAUAGAUGGAGAGCGUGUGGACAUGAGUACUGAUGCAGAUAAAGGAGUGUUUACCGUGAUUAUGACACAUCUACAACUGAAGCACACUGGCUGGUACUACUGCUCUGUGGGAGACCUACAGAUGCCUGUGCACAUCACUGUCCAACAGAAGACAACUACCCAGAGAACAAUAACACAGCAGCCUGCAAUCAACACAACCACCACCAGGGCAACCAGCACAGUUGAUGAUUUGUCUUCCACAUCAACCACAAAUGAGACCCAUACUCAAAAUAUUGAUUAUGUUGGUGUGUUCCACAGUGGGUUCAGCCUGACUCUGCUGCUGGGGCUGCUGGGGCUGAUGCUGCUGGUGGUCAUCUGUGGAGCACUGACUCUACUCAGCCUGAAAAAACAUAGACGUGCUGCAGGCCCUGAUGUUGACGCUGUUUUUGAGAGAAAGAGUUCAGCAGCUUUGCAAAAUUCCCAGGAGGACCCUGAUGUCACUUAUAGCAUGAUAACUAUGACAAAAAAUGCAGCUGAUGACACCCACGAUGAUGUCACCUACAGCACUGUAGCUGCACACAGUAGAGGCCUGAGAAAAUCCCUUAGAUACCAAGUUGCAGAUGUCAUCUACAGUGAAGUGGCAACAAAGUGAAGCAGAUGGCAGCAUAUUGAUUCCUCAGGACACAAGGAUUGCUGUAAUAAAAAUUCAAUGAGCUGACUUGUCAUUUUGGAUCUAGCUGAAUCAGAAAAUGAUUGAAAUAAAUCAAAUCGUUGGACAUCC